CCAUCAUUGUUCCUACUUCCAAAAGAUCAUCUUCUUCCCCGUUUAAGGUCUCUUCACCAAUAUAGCACUGUCUAGUCUGGCGGCCUCAUCUUCUUCCCCGUUCAAGGUCCGAUAGAGUAUUUUCUCUCUCCUUUCACUCUUUAUUGGAAAUGGCAAAAACUAAGGCUUCCUCAAAAAAGCAGCAAAAGCGUGGUGUCGAUUUCAAGAAAAUUAAGCGGAAGCUUGGCAGGAAAUUGCCACCACCUAAGAAUGCUACAAACACUGAAAUUAAAUCCAAAGCAAUUAUUCUUCCUGAGCAAAGUGUGGCAUCAGAGAAAAUGGGUUUAGCUGUGAGCAAGAAAGGCUUGACUUUGAAAGAGCUACUUCAUCAAACUUCCCAUCACAAUGCAAAAGUUCGAAAAGAUGCAUUGAUGGGUAUGAAGGAUUUAUUCCUUAAGUAUCCAGAAGAGCUGAAAUUGCACAGAUAUGCAGUUAUAGAAAAACUACGUGAACGUAUCAGUGAUGAGGAUAAAAUGGUUCGAGAAGCCCUUUAUCAACUUCUCAAUUCAGUAAUUUUACCUAGUUGCAAUGAGGAUAAUCAAAGGCCUUUCAUUUCUUUAAUGAUGGCCUACAUUUUUAAUGCAAUGACACAUUUAGCAAUUGAAGUUCGGCUUAUGGCUUUCAAGUUUUUUGAUCUCAUUGUGCAGCAUUAUCCUGCUGUGUUUCCCUUGUAUGCUGAAAAGGUUCUUCAAAAUUAUGCGGAUAUUCUGCGGAAGAACCAGUUCUAUUUAGAAGACAAGGGCAAGCUCAAGAGUGCGCUUGCUGGUUUGGUGCACUGCUUAUUGCUGUUGCCAUCUAAUAAAGUAGAAGUUGACUCAUUCAAGAAGGUAGUCCCAAGGCAAGAUUUGUUGCAUGCUUAUGAACCUGACAGGCCUACAAAAUUUGCUGAUUUUUCUGUCAUCAUCAAUGAACUAAAGGAUUUCGUUCCAGUUUUAGUCAAUUGCUUCCAAGCCUUUAUUCCAUUAAUUCAUAGUGCGCCGCAAUUGGAUGCACAAUCAUUUGAUUGCUUACGUAACAUACUUCAUAGCAUUGACCUUAUAGUCAGAUUUUUUGUUUAUGCGACUGACAAGGGUAAUCCAGAAUCAUAUGCUUCUAUGUGGGAUCAAGGCAUCUCAUCAGUGCUACUAAAGAAGUUCCUAGGUGUAUUUCCAUUCAAUGCAGUGCACUCAGAAAAGGAUGAUGACAGAUAUUUUUCCUUGAAUGUUAUGAUUGCUGAAAUAUUUUUGCACUUAAGUGAAUGGAUCUACCCUCCUGCUGAGUUACUAGAGAAAUUUCUUGCAUUUAUAGAGCAUGCACUGCUUGAAAAGAUCCACAGUGAAACAAGGUCUGGCAGAGCAGUUAGAGAGAAGCAGAUACUUACACUAGUUCAUUUUAUCCCAAAACUUGUAGCACAUGUGAUAGGCAACUGGAAGUCUCGCCUUCUAAAGGCAUUUACAAAGACAUUCCUUGAUUGCAAUCCAGAGUCUUCAGUAAAAUUGGCUUGCCUUACUGCAAUUGAAGAAAUGCUUUUUUCUAGAAAAGGAAUGUGGCAACCAGAUGGAUGUGAUUCAGAAGUAGUGGACCCUCUUAUUACUUGGAUAAGAGAGCUACCUGUGUUGUUAAUCCUGCUCAGUGAUAGGCACCCAUCCUCUUCCAAGGUUGUGUUGCAUCUUCUGCUUUGCAUGGGUCAAUGUUCUACGCCGAACUCUCUCCUUGCGUUGGAAUACGACAACAUGCAAUACUCACUACAAAAAUUUUACUGCACAUAUCGAGAAGGGGAUAAAUGUUAUGGUCCUUUCAUAGGGCUUCCAAGGGAUUCUCAAGAACUCUCCAUCUUUUGUCUUUAUUACUUUUCUCACCUAGAUGCACUUUUGUUGAAGUCAAUAGCUUCAUGUUGCCUCUGUCCUGACUUGGAUGAAUUUGUCUUGUUUCGGAUCGUAGAGGUUUUGCAUUCAGCCUUUAAAGCAGGCCAUAUUGAGAUAACUGACCACUUUAGCUUCUUUGUCACUUUGGUCUCCCGUUUCAAUGUUUUUCCAGAAAACAUUAGCCCUGCUAUUGAGGAAGAUACAAAGAUCUCAAAUCGUGGAACUUUCAAGAAAUUGAUCUGUGUUGUUUGCUCAUGCCUGGAACAGAUGGGUGAUGCUUCCCUAGUUUUAUUGAUAUUGGAGGGAGUAAUACUAGAGCAGAUCUUAUUAAAGCCCCCUCUAGACAAUGCUCGUGCUAUGCUCAGGAUGCUUGUUGUGCUAGACUCCAAACCCACGAGACUUUCUGAACAAAGUAUUAUCACUUUGAGCAAUUUCCUUUCAGGCUAUUUGAUUGACGUUGUUCAUUGUGUGCGAGGAGAUGAUGCAGAGCCCAUGGAAGCUCAUGUACGAGCGCAGAUGUACUAUAUUGUGCCUUGCUUUUUCUUGUUUGAUAGAAGUAGAAAGCUCUUGCAUCUCGUGUUGAAUGGGAUGGGUUCAUUGAUAACUAAAAGUACUACAGGACACUCAAGUAGGAUAAAUGAUAUUGUUAGUGUCCUAAUGUUGAUGCAUAGGGAUGCUAAGAUGAAGCAAAUUAUUUCUUCAUCUAGGGCGGAGAUUGAUCAUAUUUCACAAAGCAUACGCUUAUUACAGUCGGAGGAAAGCAGUCUAACUGUUGGGGAAAGGCAUAGAAUGCAACGUGCAUUAGAGCAACUAAAGACUGUUACAAGCUCAUUAGAUCAAUAGAUACAAACAGCAAAGCUGGAUAUGUUACCCUAGUUUAUUGCACUACAAGUUUGCAAAGGCAUGCAUGCCUAAAAUUUUGAAGUUAUGGUGGCCAUGCAUGUUUACAAUUUUGAAAUAUGUAAUAGAUGAUUCGAAGGGGAUAAUAUUUUCCAUUUAUCAACUUGAGCACAGAACAGGUCUUUUAUAUUGAAAGAUUUUAUACAAUUUCUAUUAUGAUAA